AGGAGCCCCCACCUGCCUGCCCGUCCGCCUGGCUGCCCCGAAGCGAUCGUCCGCAUUUGGGGCGAGAGGGGGGGGGAGAAAGGAAAGGAGGCCCGAUCUCUUGCUCCCCCCCUACUCCCGACCAUCCACCGGCCUGUCCCCUGCCCCACUCCCUUCUCUCCUCCUCCUCCUCCUGGAGAAAAAAAAAACGGGGGGCGACCCAUCUUCGCCCUUCCUCCGCCCGCCCCCCCCCAAAAGACGGCCGCAGAGUCUCCGCUUUUGCCCAGGUACAGCUGGCAGCCAUGCGCUGGUGGGUGGUUUUGCUUUUCGUGGCAGCCGCAUGGGCUGUGGGUCCACGCCAAGGGGUGCAAUAAAGCACUUUGUGCGAGUGACGUCAGCAAGUGUUUGCUGCAGGAAAUGUGCCAGUGCAAAGCCAACCGUACCCGUUGCUGUCGGCAGUGCGCGUUCUGCCUGGCUAAACUCUGGGAGCCUUGCUGUGAUUGUGUAGGUCUGUGUGAUGAACGCAUCUUAACCGCUCCUCACCCUGCCCAACGAAGUUCCAUGCACGAUUUGGUGUCACCGGUACCGUCCCUGUUCCGGGCGCUCCUGGCACUCUCCAACAAUCAUCCUGCUCUCGGCUGGAGCAUCGUGACUCUGCCGUUAGAAGAGGAACUGCGGCAAAACCACGUGGAUACCGGACAUCUUCUGCUGGGACCACAUACAGACUUGGUGCUCCCGGAUCCCGACACCGCCAAGGGCCCGAAUGCGACGGCGCCAGCUUGCCAGUCCAUUUACUUCAACGACUGCCUGUCCAUGAGCCGGUGCCGCGCAGCCUGCCAGUCGGUGGGCGCCUGGCGUUACCGCUGGUUUCACAGCGCCUGCUGCCAAUGCCUGGGGCCGGAUUGCCAGGGCUACGGAGGUGCCCACGCCAAUUGCUCCAACUGCCGGGACUGAGUUGGGGUUGCUUUCUCCUUCCUCGCCUCGCAGAGCGUCGCCUCGCCUGCACUUUUCUGCGCAGCCUUCCCCCCCUUGCAAACCGCACGCGGCCAUUACAGGUAGUCCUCGACUUACGACCGCAAGGGAGCCCCACAUUUCCAUUGUUAAGCGAGGCAUUCUUGUCCCCCCCCCCAUUGUUAAGUGACUCGCCACAGUAGAUAAGUUAGUAACAUGGUCAUUAAGUGAAUUUGGCACCCCCCCUUGACUUUUCUUGUCAGAAGGUCGCAAAAGGGGAUCCCAUGAUCUUGGGACACAGCCAGGGUCGUAAGUAUGAAUUUGCUGCCAAGCAUCGGAAUUUUGAUCCUAGGAUCAUGGGGUUGUUACAAAGGUCGUAAGUGUGAAACGCUGCCGUUAAGUCACUUUUUUCAGUGCUGUUGUGACUUCAAACGGUCCCUAAACGAACUCCUGUAAGUCGAGGACUUCGCUGUAUUGCUUCCUGCUUCAGCCUGCUUUCCAAACCCAGAUAUUUUCAGCAGCGAGAACAAGUUUAGGGGGGGCACCGAAGACCCCUGCCCAGCCCAGUCUUUCCCUCUGCAGCUGGGGGUCCAUCUGUCCUGGGACCUCACUUUGGACAUUUUUCCUUCCUUACCCCCCCCCCCACCUUAGUUUUGCUGACAUCAGCCCCGUGCACGAAUCCUCAAAUCCAUUCUUUUAAAGAUAAAAUAUCUUUGUAGUAUUUUGUAGAAAUAAAAAUAAUGGGGGAAAA